AGUCACCUAACGUUCGCUCAGGUUAUCAGAUCUGCAUUAGUGCUUCAUCAUGGCUUCCAGACCUCCUCUAUCGCCCCCGGUGAACGAGACGGAGCACUCCGUCAGCCGGAUCACUCGUGAGGGGAAGAAGCUUACAUACAAGCUUACGGUGAUGCAACAACCCGAGCGGGCAAGAGCAUGCGGUGCAGGCGCCAAAUCUUCUGCCGACCGCCGUCCGGUUGAUCCUCCGCCUGUGGUUGAGUUGCGAAUUUUCGAAUCUGAUCCCAGCGACGACACGCUUUGUACGGACAUCACCUUCGCAUAUAACGCCAACUUCUUCCUUUAUGCCACAUUAGACAACGCACGUCCAAUGGCUCAGGGUAGACUUGCUCCAACUCCAACGUUCCCCGUUCUCACAGGCGUGCCCGUGGCAGGAGUGGCAUAUCUUGACCGCCCCUUCCCGGCGGGAUUCUUCAUCUUUCCCGAUCUAUCGGUGCGUCACGAAGGACUUUACCGGCUGAGCUUCCAUCUUUACGAGGAGACCAAGGAAAGCAAGGAUGCGGACGAGGGAGCGCCGAUCCCGUCACCAAUGCUGAAGACGAAUCCAUUAAAGCCGACGAUACCAAAGUCAUUCCUCGAAUUCCGCCUCGAGGUUGUGUCAGUCCCAUUCACAGUCUUCAGCGCGAAGAAGUUCCCGGGUUUGACACAAAGCACACAUCUCAGUCGAAUCAUUGCGGAGCAAGGCUGCCGUGUCCGUAUUCGCCGCGAUGUCCGUAUGAGACGUCGCGGAGACAAGGGAUCCGAUGACUACGAUUAUGAUGAGGAUAGGAUGAUAAGCAGCCGGCGUGAUCGCUAUUCUACCCCCGACACUUAUCCGACUCCAGCUGAACGCCCACGGUCGACAAGCAUUGGUACCGUUGAUCAAGGCUAUGGGCCUGAGGCCUCACGCCGUCCGUCCGCGGCCGAAUACGGCGUCCAGAACCCGCAACUCUACCAGCAUCCUAUUGCUCAUGCUCCAGCUCCAACCACAGCAUCCACUCCCUCUCCUGUUACUCCAGUCGCAUUUGCGACUCAGAAUUCUACGUAUCAAUCGCAUCUUUCCUUCGGGUCGACGCAAGCUCAAUAUUCCGCUCCCCAGAUACCAAGGAAUCCGCCGUCUGGAUCAAUGCCAGUCGCUGCCUACUCAGCCCGUCCGACGCACUCGCAUUCUAGAAAUCCAUCAACCAGCACCGAGCAUGAGAAAGAUGCGCACCGGAUCUACUUACCGCCUAUCCGGUUGGACCCAUCACAUCCAGCGCCGUCACCCACUGAAACACGUUCUUCCGAUCCUCCAACGCACCCAGUAGUCGCGCAGCACACGACAGCUCACCCAUCACGCAGCGGCAACAUUCUUCCGCCGAUCAGUGCGAUCUCGGGCGAGAUCCCCAUCAAUAUGCCUCGGCCUCAGAACAACACUGCUUCCAGUCCUGUUCAUGAAAUCGCCCAGAACAAAGGCUAUUGUGGGACACCAGCUCUGCACCGACAUACGCCAAGCGAACGCACGAAGAAUCCUUUGGUCAUGCCGAGCGCCCACUGCACAACGGCAUGCGCCCCGAUCGAGAGCCCACUCCUCCACUGGAGCGACGGCUUUCCGACGCCCGACAGGAGGCAUCGUACAGCCUGUCCCGGGACGAACUAGCAUACAAGCGAGCCAACGGCAGGAUGGUCACUAAAAUUUCUCCGGCUAUGAUUCAUCAUGGACAUGGUUUAUAGCGUCACGCUUUUCUCUGUCUCCGCAACUCUAGGGAACACCUUUUUAUAUAGGACGGCGUCUUGGCGAACCGGCCCGUCGGGAUGACUUAUAAUUUUCUUUUAACUUAACGAGGAUUUUGGAAGGG